CGCGCCUGCUCUUUACUUUGUUGUGACUUGAUUUGUCAAUGAAAUUUUUGCAUGUUAUUCGUUUAAAUACUAGUGUUCAGUAAAAUGAACAGAAGAAGCAGAUCACAUGAGAGGGCAACAAAUCUGCGCCCGCGACCUGUCACAGCUACAGUUACGAAGCCCAGUUGGAUGCGCCCUGAGGCUAUUGUUGGACCAAGGUCAAGAUCGCUAGAAUCCAGGGGUUCAACCGCUUCACUGACAUCAGUACUUGAUCAUGACAGCUAUAUUAGUCUCAGUGAAGAUGACGAAGAUUUUCCCAACGAGAUACGUGAACUGCCGAGGAGGGGUCAUCAGUCGGGCAAGGAAAAUAGGCAACCGGCCAUGAAAAACCAAAAGGAGAUCCAUAAUAACACCUUCACCACACAGAAAAAAGUCGGGAAGAAAAAGAUCAUAAGAAAGUAUGUUGAAUCCUCAUACACAGAUGAUACUACUGAGACAGAAUCACCAGAGCCUGGCCUUUCCCCUUGGGAGCAAUGGCUUAUACAGAAAGUCAAGGAAGAUCGGCAAAAACUCCGAGAGGAGAGACAGAAAGUUCGGGAGGAAAAGCAGAAAAAACGAGAGGAAGCAAUGGUGAAACAAAAGAAACUGGAGCAUGCAGAGAAGGUGAGACAAGAAUGGGUGGACAAGAAGAACUUUGAGGAGAAAUUAAAGACACGUGUAGAGAAACAGCGCACGAAAACGGAGAAGAUGAUACUGGAGGAACAAAAAAAGUUGGAGCGGGUAAAAGCAGAGAGGAAGUUUAACGACUGGAAAGAAGAAAAGCGGUUGGAAGAGAGGAGGAAAAAGAAGGAGGAGAAGUUGAAAGAACAAGAAGAAGAGAAGUUAAGGAAAGAUCAGAGGAUAGCAGCCCAGCAGAAGUUUGAGGAAUGGUGUAAAAGAGCGGACGCAAAGUCAAAGCCACUGCCCAAUAGUUUUGGAUACACUGAUGGCAAAUUGACAGGCUACCACGACACCUGUGCGUACCCUGUACCCUCAUUCUACAACCCGAUGCCAUGGCAACCAAUACACAUUCCCCGUCCCGCAUCCGAAAAGAGGACCAAGCGACGAGGAAAACCAAAACCUAAAUACGCCUGGAAUCCAGAAAAAUAUCGAUGAAGAUUGGCAUUUAUUACAAUAUGAAUAAAAUAUUUUUGAAAGCUUAUAGAUAUGAAAUUGUGGAAUUUUAUUCAAGUUUUGUUUGAAUUUUAUUCAAGUUUUGUUUCUGAACUUGUUCUCAUAAAUACAUAUUAAUUAACUAAUCUGAAAUAAUAUGAAGACAGAUUUAGUUGGAUAGUAAUUAAGUAGAUUUCUAGUUCCUUAUUUUUAGUAAAAUUGAUGGUUGAUUCAAUAAAAAAAGCAAAAAUUGAAUGGCAAUUUGUUUAUUAGCACUGAUGAAAUUUGGGACAUUUCAUGCUUGAACGAUGGUUGUUAAAAAUCAUAACAUUUAAAAAAAAAUACCUUACUUAGUUACAUAAAUACAGGUAGAUUUCAGUUGUUGCCAAGUUUAUUGCAAAUUUAGAUUUUUGUUAUUAAUUGUUUCGAUAAGCUUAUUGCAUUUACAAUGUAAGUAAACAUGCUUUCAAAAGAUUUUGUAAUUUAUUACAGACUUUAGUGUAACAUGUUUUUUUAAAUACUUGCUCAGUAAACAUGCUUUUUAAAAAAGACGGUGUAAUUCUAUCAAGGCAUUGAUACAUGUAAUUUGUAGCAUUGUAUUGUAAUUUCUGUUUGCAUUUUGUUUUGUGUCUUUAUUAAAUCUGCACUUUCACAGAAGAAGUUUUGACAACUUUUUUUAUUGUUUGUCUUGGCAUGAGCCAAUUUUUACCUUAAUGUCUGAAAACAAGUGAUACAAAAUUGCUCAGACAAAAGAUCAGAUUGCAGGUUUUCAUAUUAUUGUUCAAAAAUUGAUGUUUACUGCAAAGAAAUAAUCAUUUUUUUUAAAGCAUAAGUAUGGCUUUUAGCCUUUAAACAUUAAUUUUUAAAGUGUCUGCAUCUUUAUUUUUGGGAUUUUUAAGAAAAAAAUAUAAUUGUGAAGGUAUUAUUUAUUUAAAAAACUUGCUCAGUAAAGUUGCUAUUGAGUGGUAUGUAGAUGUUAAAUGUUAAUUAAUGACCAAAUGGAAAUUUGGCUGGUGCUUUUGGUCCACAGAUUUCUUAGUGAUUAAAAAAGAAUCCAUCCAGUGAUCCCAAUGGCGGAGACAUCAUCAUGAACACUAAAAAAGGUUAAAAUCUAGGACAUUAUGAAAAUUGAAAUUGAGUUUUGUAAUGAUUAUAAUGAUUAUAAUAAUCAUGCUAUUUUGUCUAAACCUAGAACCUAGAAUUUUCAUGAAUAGUUUUCCAACUAUAUACUGAUAAAGUGUUUGAGGAUUUAUAAUGUAAAACUAACAUUAGUUUCUUGACUUUUUCUGUAUGCAAAUGUUUAAUUUUAGUUUUGGAUGACUGUAUAACUUUUGUAAAAGCAAGUUUUAUUUUUAAAAUUUUGCUAGUUCUAGAUCUAUUAUUUUACAUUGACGUUUUAGUGUAUGUCAGCGUAGUAGCAUAGUAGUAUUAUUAUUUACCACAUUUUAAGAAAUCUCAUAUUAUGCAUUUGUUGGGUAUCUAUAGGGAUGGUCAUUUUGGUAGCUAUUUCAAACUUUUUGUGAUCUUAUUUUUAUUUAUUUGUCUGUGAUAAGAUACUAAGAGAAUAAAACAUAAAAAAGU